CCAGGAAAACAUUGGCAGGUUUGUGAAGAACGAGGUGAAGAAGUUCCAGAGAGUUCUGAGUCCAGAUUACCCAGAAUGCUUAGAGAGGGAGGAUGAGGAGGUGCUGGACGGUGAGGAGGAGGAGCAGAGGAGGAGCAGCAGAGAGGCAUUUCUGCUUAACACAGAAGUUCACUCUGGACUGGGCUGAAGACAAAGCCAACCAGGACAUACAGUUCACAUUUCCAUUCACUUUCAGAGAGCUGAAUGUGCUGAAAGAGAAAAAGUACAGCUUGGUGGAACUUGUUCAUCACUUCUUUACUGAAACCAAAGAAGCAGGAAUCGGCAGAUUUGAAGAGUUCCAGGUUGUGUUCAUCUUUGACGGUCUGGAUGAGUGUCGACUUCCUCUGGACUUCCACGACAAUGAGGUCCUGACUGAUGUUACAGAGUCCACCUCAGUGGAUGUGCUGCUGACAAACCUCAUCAGGGGGAACCUGCUUCCCUCUGCUCGCCUCUGGAUAACCACACGACCUGCAGCAGCCAAUCAGAUCCCUCCUGAGUGUGUUGACAUGGUGACAGAGGUCAGA